AUGCCAUUAAGUAAUAUAGUGGAAGUAGAGUUGUUUGACGUUAGGGGGAUUGAUUUCAUGGGACCUUUUGUCCCUUCUGAUGGAAAGAUGUAUAUCUUAGUUGCAAUAGAUUAUGUCUCUAAAUGGGUUGAAGUUGUAGCAUGUGUGAGAAAUGAUGCGAGAACCAUAAUGAAUUUUCUAAAGAAGCAUAUAUUCUCUAGAUUUGGAGCUCCUAGGGCAAUCAUUAGUGAUGAAGGUACUCAUUUCUGCAAUAGAAUGUUGGAGGAUGCCUUAGCUAAGUACCAGAUAAAGCAUCGCGUUGCCACUACUUACUGUCCUCAGACGAAUGUUCUUGCUAAAGCUAAUAACAAACAACUAAAGACCAUUCUUGAAAAAGUUGCAAGUAGGUCAAGAAAAGCUUGGGAAACAAAGUUAGAUGGCACUUUAUGGGCUUAUAGGACUACAUACAAAUCAAGUUUGGGGACGUCCCCAUAUCAACUAGUGUUUGGAAAAGCAUGCCACUUGCCACUAGAGUUGGAGCACAAAGCUUAUUGGGCUUUUAAAGAGUUGAAUUUAGAUAUGAAGGUGACUGGAAAGAAAAGAAUGGAGCAGUUGGUUGAACUUGAAGAGUUUAGCAUGCAAGCGUAUGAGAUUGUUAAACUUCAAAAGGAAAAGGUUAUGAAAUGGCAUGACAUGAAGAUCUUGAAAAGGGAAUUUGUUGAAGGAAAAUUAGUUUUACUUUCCAAUUCAAGAUUAAAGUUAUUCCUAGGAAAGAUGAAGUCAAGAUGGUCUGACCCUUUUAAGAUUGCCUAG